UUCAUUGCAAAUGGACGUUUUUUACUGUUAUACUUUUAAUUAUACAUUAACAAAUUGAAUAAUUUUAUUUUGCAAUAAUUACAUAAAAUAGAAAUGUUAUUUUGCAAGUUUUUUUCUUGCGAUGGAUUAAAUCAAGUCGUUAAUAUCAAAUCCGUAAUAAUUGUUUAUUCUGUUUUUGUUGAAAUUGGUUUUGUACAUCUCCAACGCUAAAGAGCUUUUUUGGAAACUUUUGGCAUUCAUUAUGUAUCUAUCUCCCAUCCAGUGAGCUUCUAUGGAGUGCAAGCAGUUGUGAGAAAUCACAUUUUUAUUUUGAUUUUUUUAAAUCUACUGCUUUUAUUUGUUAUGUUGGGUUGUAGUUUUGAAUUAAUGAACUUAUUAUUCCUCCAAAAGAAAUACAAAUAGUAUUAUAUUAUUACCCCCUUUGAGUUGGCGCCGCGGUGAGAAAGAAAACCCUAAUUUCCUCUUCUACGUUGAGGCCAAGGGCGAAGAGUGAUCCAGACAGAGGGCCGGGUUUUUCACAAAUGGUCACUUUCCGGUUCCACCAGUAUCAAGUUGUUGGGAGGGCUCUCCCAACGGAGAGCGAUGAGCAUCCCAAGAUUUACAGGAUGAAGCUUUGGGCAACCAAUGAGGUUCGGGCCAAGUCCAAGUUCUGGUACUUCCUGAGGAAGCUGAAGAAGGUUAAGAAGAGCAAUGGCCAGGUCCUUGCCAUCAAUGAGAUUUUUGAAAAGAAUCCAACCAAGAUAAAGAAUUAUGGUAUUUGGCUUCGCUAUCAAAGCCGUACCGGUUAUCACAACAUGUACAAGGAGUACCGUGACACUACUUUGAAUGGAGCUGUUGAACAGAUGUACACUGAGAUGGCUUCUCGGCACAGAGUCAGGUUCCCUUGCAUUCAGAUUAUCAAGACUGCAACCAUCCCAGCUAAGCUAUGCAAGAGGGACAACACCAAGCAGUUCCACAACUCUAAAAUCAAGUUCCCCUUAAUGGUCAAGAAGGUGAGGCCACCUACCAGAAAGCUGAAGACAACUUAUAAGGCAUCAAGGCCCAACCUGUUUAUGUAACUUGUAUGUUUUGAUGAAGGUGGUAAGUGAACCUCCAUUAGUUUGUUGAUCAGAUAUUGUUUCAUUCAAGAAGCUUAGGUUGUCAGACGAGUUGAACCUGGUUUCUUUUUUGGGGCUCAUUUUUGUUCUUAUAAAUGUUGGUAUUGUCAAUUUUUUAUCUUUCAGAUGAAGUAUAAUUUAAUGUUAGAAUUCAUUUUGGUGGGGUUGGAAUUUCCCAAGACAA